UGUUCUUAAAGUGCAGCACAUCUGAAAUGUCUCUGUGACAAUAUGCAAUUUUGUUUUAUCACUUGUCAUAACAAUAACUGAUUUAUCUUUUCUUUUUCAUAUUCAGAUUUAGAAGAUCCAACCAAUGAUUCUCUUCCAGUAGAAGUACGUCAGGUGAAAGUUAAUCGACAAACUAUCCUCCAUGAUGUCAUAAAACUAUACCAGGAUCCUACCCUCAUUGAUUGCAAGCUUAAUGUAACCUUUGAAGGGGAAAGAGGACUGGACUUUGGUGGUGUCACUGAAGACUUCUUCAGUGCCUUUUGGAAGGCUGCCUUUGAUGAAUUCUUYGAUGGAGAUGUUGUCAAAAUACCAUUGGCAUCACCACUGAAAAUGAGUCAAAUGAGCGAGGAGAUUUUACCAGCACUUGGACGAAUUCUGGAGCAUGGCUGGAGACUAACUAAGAAUAUUCCAGUGCAAUUCUGUGAGGCCAGCUUCAUGGCAAUGCUCCAUGGAGAAGAAGCUGUUCCAGAUGAUGUACUCAAAAGAUCAUUCCUGUGGUAUGUCACCCAGUUUGAAAGAGAUGUUCUCUGUUCUAUUCUAGAGGGCAAUAUAGUGCCUGAUUAUAAGAAAGAUGCCGUGUUUGGCCUAUACCAAAGAUUUGCCAUGACAUGUUUGCCUGCCAAAUCAGAAGAAGAAUUGUUACAUCAUAUCCUUACAAUGGCAAGAGCUGAAUUCAUUUUCAAACCGAUGUUCUUUUUAUCUGCUAUGAGGAAGGGUAUCCAAGACCCAGUUGUUCUACAGCAAGAACUCACAACUGACAAGAUAUGCAAGUUGUAUGAAGACCUCACACCCACACCCGGAAAAGUUUUAAAAAAGCUGUUGAAGGAACAUGAAGAUCUUAGAGCUGAACAACAACGAGUUUUCAACUUUUUAACCAUAUAUGUUGGGGACAUGGACACAAACCAUCUUAGACAAUUUCUCCGCUUUGUCACAGGUUCAACGUCAACUCCACGCAAGCCAGGCAUAAAAGUGAGCUUCAAUGGUGCACAAAGCUUGAGCCGUUUCCCAUCUGCUUCAACUUGCAGUUCAACUCUUAUUCUGUCUGCAAGGUAUGAAAGCUAUGCAGAAUUCAAAAGAGAAUUUGACUCGAUUCUUGCCAGUGAUGAAGCAUUUGAAAUGAGUGCUCUUUAAAUGUCAGAAACAAUAAAAGCCCUUUAAUACCUUGACAGUACAAGCAAU